AUGGCAGACAUUCAUUCCUUUUUCAAAGACGACACGCAUAAAUGCAACGGCCGUCUCCCGGCGGCAAAGCAUCGCAUCUACUGCUCUGAGAUCGACACUUCUGCUGUCGUGGAGCGGAGACUGAUGCGACGAAUAGACUUACACGUCAUCCCUUGGUUAUCCGUCUUGUAUAUACUGAGUUUCAUGGACAGGGGAAGCGUCGGGAAUGCGAAGCUUUUCCAUUUAGAGGAGGACAUUAAUAUCAACGAUGGAAAAUAUUUAAUCGCUUUGAGCGUGUUUUUCUUACCUUACGCGGUAUUCGAGCCGGCCAGCAAUGUGAUUCUGCGUAAAUUCAAACCUUCGUUGUGGCUCUCUACAAUGGUGCUUUUAUGGGGGAUGGUUAUGAUCUUGCAUGGCUUCAUUCGCAACUACAGUGAUCUCAUCAUCCUGCGCAUCCUCCUUGGAAUUACAGAGGGUGGCUUAUAUCCCGGUAUUGUCUUCUAUAUCACUAGCUGGUACAAGCGUUCCGAGAUGGGGUCCAGAAUUGCAAUUUUCUUUUCGUCGGCGGCCAUUGCAGGCGCUUUUAGUGGACUUCUGGCUGCUGCAAUUGAUACCAUGGACGGUGUCGGUGGAAGACCAGGAUGGUCCUGGAUAUUCAUACUUGAAGGACUGGCGACGAUUCUAGCAUCUUUCGCGUCGUUUUGGCUUAUCCAAGAUUUCCCAGACACCGCAAAGUUUUUAAAUGAAGCAGAACGUGUCUUUGUCGUCCGACGUCUCGAGAACGAUAUGAAGCUGAGUGCGGCUGGAGAAAUAUUCAAGACGGAGUACUUAUCGCAGAGUCUAACUGAUUGGAAGACUUGGGUCGCAAGCAUCGCUAGUGAUGGCCCACUCUACGCAUUCUCUUUAUUCCUACCUUCCACUAUCAACCAGGUGAGUCAUCUAAGAUUCCAAGCAACCGAGGCCAAUUUACUAUCUGUCCCUGUUUACGUAUGGGGCUGUAUUGCCACAUGCACCAUUGGUUUUCUAGGGGAUCGCAUUGGGUCGCUUGACACUCAUUUCUUUCGUAGUUCUCUCUUUGGUGUUGGAUUGGUGGCGUACAUCAUCUUAAUAGUCUCUAGGUCACCAGCACUUUCGUACUUUGCUGUUUACUUGGCCGUCUGGCAAUAUGUUUCACCCAUUUCUAUAGCCAACUCUGUUGCUUGGCUCGCAAGCAACGUUGAGGGUUCUUACAAGCGAAGCGUGACUCUGGGCAUGGCAAUUGGUUUCGGCAAUAUUAAUGGGGCGGUAACAGCAAAUAUUGUGAGAGAUAGACCAUGGUAUCGGUUUGGCCAUGGGGUUGUCCUCGCUUAUAUUGCGAUUGGGUUUUUAUCUUCUAUCCUGUUUGCCAAACUUCUGGAGCGUGAAAAUGCUCGUCGAGAUCGUGGUGAGCGGGACGAGGUCAUCGAAGGGGUAGAAAAUGAACAUGCACGCGAGCGAAACGGGAAAUUCGGAUGCGUGGAGGCUGCAAGGGCUUUCAAGGGGGAUGAGUGGAGUGGUUUCAGGUAUACCCUGUGA